CUUAAGAGACAGAAUAUUUCUUUUUUUAUAUAGGUAAUGAUGAACUUCUUGUCAUUUCGAGACUUUUUUUUUUGUAACAUUCAUGUAGCAUUCAUGUGACAUUUAUUUUUGACAUUGGUGAAUCUAUUAUGUUAUUAGUAAAUUAAUCAUUAACCGCACUAAAAAGUUGUUUUUUUUUACCCUAAAAGCAAAAAAAAACUUUAAACUUUUACAUCAGUUGUUAUGAACAUGUCGGAAUCGUAUGAAUAUUUAUUUAAAUUCCUAGUGAUAGGAAGUGCUGGUACAGGAAAAUCGAGCCUCCUUAAUAAUUUUAUAGGAAAUAAAUUUAAAGAAGAUCGAUGUCAUACCAUCGGUGUUGAAUUUGGUUCUAAGAUAAUUAAUAUUGGAGGCAAAUCGACGAAACUUCAGAUAUGGGAUACAGCAGGUCAAGAACGAUUCCGUUCUGUAACACGUUCAUACUAUAGAGGAGCUGCCGGAGCUCUGCUUGUGUAUGAUAUUACAUCUCGCGACUCCUUUAAUGCCUUAUCAAACUGGCUGAGGGAUGCUCGCACAUUAGCAAGUCCCAACAUUGUUAUACUACUUGUUGGUAAUAAAAAAGAUUUAGAGGAAUCAAGGGAAGUAACUUACACGGAAGCUAGUCAAUUUGCCCAAGAAAAUGAAUUAAUGUUUCUAGAGACUAGUGCAAAGUCUGGAGAAAACGUUGAAGAAGCAUUUUUGAAAUGUUCAAAAACAAUUCUAGCUAAAAUAGAAACUGGAGAACUGGAUCCGGAAAGAAUAGGAUCAGGAAUACAAUAUGGAACAGGAACAUCGAAGAAACUGACAGCGCCAAAGAAACCUGCAAGAUCGCCAUCAGAUUGUGCUUGCCAUGUUUAACAGCUUGUAAUCUCUAUAUAGAUAUUAGAAAAUGGAUUGCUAAAUUUAAUUAAUAAUUCUCUUUAUCUUUUAAUGUGAUGUAUUUUUACUUCAUUUGUAGUAUGUAGCUGUUAAGUAAAAUUAAAAAAUAAGAUUUUGAAUUAUAAAUUCAAUUGUAUCUCAUAGGUCAUUAAGUAAAAAUAUAUUUUUUUCUCUCUAUUUUAGUUUUAGAAAGUGAGAUUUUUUUUGUUUUUAUUGGCAAAUGUGAUUACUAGACUUAUUAUUUUGUAUUCUUUUCAGUUCCAAUGUAUAAAUAAGUACUACUAAAUUAUAUUGUAUAUUUAAAAUAACAAAUAAUUUGUUGUA